GAACAGCCAUUGGGGGGAAGUGGACUGGGCUGCACAAUAACUGAGGUGGUUUGGUGGAGUAAAAAAAGCAGCAAGGGAAAUCAACUGUGGAAAGAAAUUGUAUAGUACUGGAAAAACAAUAAACUGUUGGAAUCUGAAAAUACCGUCCCGGCUGGCUCCUCCAACCUGGACUUUGUUAAUCCGCGUGGACUGGAGGAAGAAUUAAAUAGCUAGUGGAACUUGUGUUGGGGGAUACGUGCUGUGGAAAAAAACACUGUAGCCUCUGAGCAGAGAACGAAACACGGGGCUUGGAAAGACUUUGACUGAGGCUCCACUCCAAUCCAGGGGCUUGCUUAAUGAAUUAUGUCUGCCACAAGCAUUGACCCUCAGAGAUCAAAGGGACAAGCCUCAAAAGUGCAAAAUGGUUCACUCCAUCAGAAGGAAACUGUUCACGACAAUGACUUUGAACCAUACCUCACUGGCCAAUCUAAUCAGAACAACAGCUAUCAAUCCAUGACUGACCCGUAUAUGUCCAGCUACUACGCCCCCUCCAUUGGGUUUCCGUACCCCCUCAGUGAAGCGCCCUGGUCCACCGGUGGAGACCCGCCCAUCCCUUACCUGACCCCCUAUGCACCCCUGAGUAAUGGAGACCACCAUUUUAUGCAUGACACGGUUUUUGGACAGCCGGGGGGUCUGGGGAGCAACAUCUACCCACACAGAUUUAAUUUCUUCCCUGAGAACCCGGCCUUCUCUGCCUGGGGCACCAGCGGCUCCCAGGGUCAGCAGACUCAGAACUCGGCCUAUGGCAGCAGCUACAGCUACCCGCCGAGCUCACUCGGGGGCACCCUGGUGGACGGUCAGACAGGCUUUCACAGCGACACUUUAAACAAAGCGCCAGGCAUGAACAGCAUCGAGCAAGGCAUGGUGGGACUGAAGAUCGGGGGUGACGUGGCGGGCUCAGGCGUGAAGGCGGUGGGCUCGGUGAUCGGCGGGGCAGUAGCGGGCAACGGCGGCACGACCAUCGGCAUGCCCCCGCCCAAGCCCACCUCCUGGGCGGCCAUCGCCAGCAAGCCCGCCAAGCCUCAGCUCAAGGCCAAGGUCAAGCCAGGGAUGCCUCUUCCCGGGGGCGCCCUACCGCCCCCGCCCAUCAAACACAACAUGGACAUCGGCACCUGGGACAACAAGGGGCCCGUGACCAAAGUACCCCCGUCGCACCAGCAGCUGCCCCACUCCCUCUCCCAGCAGCCUCCCCUGCAGACCCCGCAGUCGCUGGUGCAACAGCAGCAGCAGAUGCAGCAGGUGGCGCUGCAGCCCCAGCCCCAGCCGCUGCCCCCGCAGCCUUACCAGAAUCACACCCAGGCCCCGCCCCCACAGGCCCGCUGGGUCGCCCCCCGCAACCGCAACCUGGGUUACGGCCAGGGAGGCGGCAUGGACGCCUGCGGCUCCACGGUUGGCAGCAACGGAGGCGGGCCCCUGGGCUCGGGCGGGGUGGGCCCCGGCGGGGAGUCCCACCCGGUGCUGGAGAAGCUGAGGGCUGCCCACAGUUACAACCCAAAGGACUUCGACUGGAACGUGAAGAACGGCCGCGUGUUCAUCAUCAAGAGCUACUCGGAGGACGACAUCCACCGCUCCAUCAAGUACUCCAUCUGGUGCAGCACGGAGCACGGCAACAAGCGGCUGGACGCCGCCUUCCGCGCCAUGAGCGGCAAGGGCCCCGUCUACCUGCUGUUCAGCGUCAACGGCAGCGGCCACUUCUGCGGGGUGGCCGAGAUGCGCUCGCCCGUGGACUACGGCACCAGCGCCGGCGUCUGGUCGCAGGACAAGUGGAAGGGCAAGUUCGACGUCAACUGGCUCUUCGUCAAGGACGUGCCCAACAGCCAGCUCCGGCACAUCCGCCUGGAGAACAACGACAACAAGCCGGUCACCAACUCGCGGGACACGCAGGAGGUGCCCCUGGAGAAGGCCAAGCAAGUGCUCAAAAUCAUCGCCACCUACAAGCACACCACCUCCAUCUUCGAUGACUUUUCUCAUUACGAGAAGCGGCAGGAAGAGGAGGAGGUGGUCCGCAAGAACUUUGAGCCGGCCCCCAUCCAGAACCGGUCACGACUGGAUCAGGAACGCCAAAAUCGAAGUAAACAAUAGAAGACUGUAUUCUUGGCUUGAUCGACGGUUAUACUAGGACUGACAUUUGAUUCAAAAGACAAAAGAGAAAAAUUCAAACAAAUCCUUUUUUUUCUAUUUAAUCCUGGUGAUUUCAGCCAGUGUGGAGACUUAAGCUUUCCGCUCCAGGUACCUUUCUCGUGCAGGGAUAACAAGCUGGUUCAUGUAUCAAGUAGCCACAGCAUUUCUCUUUUCAUUCUUUAUGUUUCCGAUCUUUUCAGUCAGACCGGAUUUGCCCUCCCUCUCCCCAACCCCUAUCAAUUGAAUCAGGGUUCAACAGCAGCAGUGAUUAAACUUUGCCAUUUUCUUAGUACAAUCAGAGACUGAUGUAUGUUACCCCCUUUUCCAUUAGGGGGUGCUGUUGCUGUGUUAGGUAUCCUGAGCCAGGCUGAACCAGGCUGGGGAUCCUCUUGGCAAUGCAAUGCUAUAACAGGACGAUGAGAAAUUUUGUUGUUGAACUGCUAUUUUCCUUUUUUGGGGCUUAUUACUGUUGUGACAACUUAAAGUCAAUUCAGAAACAUGCUAUUUUUGUUUUCCUAUCUGGAGCCUUAACAUGUAAAACAACGAUGUGAAAUGAAAACUUGAGUGGUCUUUAUUAAGCCAACAGUAAUAAUCAGGGGAAGAGGCUCUCUUGGAUGUCUUUCAGAGGAGCAACAGUUCUUUGUGUUCACAGGACUGAAGAUGGACAUGUUUUUGUUGGAAUAUUUUUGUUCAGAUUCUAAUUGUGCAAUUUUGAAUCUCCCUCCCC